AGAUAUGUCAAAGUCAAAAAUAACAUGGAUAACCAACAAAUUUCGUAUACGUGUACUUUAAAAAUUCCAACCGAUAAAAUGUAUGAUGCUCGACAAAAAUCAGUUAACAAGCAACUCUAACGUAUGAAAUGCAUAUAACGACAAUAGUUUCAUCAAUAAUACUUUGCGUUAUUUGUAUUUUGUUGACGAUACUACAAUAUUAUCUCCUCAACUCAAAAAAAAGUCAUCAAACAGGAAAAUUACACGAACCUCUUUUCACGGAUUUAAUCCUGAGUGACGUAAAAUCCUUUGCGGAUGAAGUCAUCUUUGAACAACCAGCUUUUUUACAUCAGCGACGUCGUCCACAGACGAGAGACUCCGAGGUGGAACACUGUUUAAAGGCGGCCCAAGCUUACCGAAAAUCGGGUAAAUUAGAUAAAGCGUUGAAAUUAUUUGAACAUGCAGCUGCCAUGGCCCCUGACAACCCAGAAGUUUUAAUCCAUUAUGGACAGUAUUUAGAAGAAACUCACGAAGACGUUGUCACCGCUGACGAACUAUAUUUACGAGCUUUAACUUAUGCUCCUAAUCAUCAAGGAGCUUUAAGCAAUCACAGAAGGACUUCGCAUUUAGUUGAUAAAAUUGAUUUAGAAAUGUUUAAGAUUAUUGAUGAAAAAAGAGAGUUAUUGAAAGAAAGAUUAAAAUCGGGAUUUGAUUUUGAAAUGAAAAAGAAAUUGUUUUAUUUACAUAUUUAUCAUACGGUAGGAAUAGAAGGUAACACAAUGACUGUACCAGAACUUCAAUAUCUUUUAGAAACAGGAAUGGUGAUUGCAGGAAAGACAAUACAUGAACAUAACGAAAUUUUAGGUUUAGAAAUGGCUCUCCGUUAUAUAAAAAUUCUAACAACAACCGAUACAAUAACGAUUCGCGAAUUGUUAGAAAUACAUAAACGCGUUAUGGGUCAUACUGAUCCAUUAGAGGCAGGUUACUUCCGUAAUCAACAAGUCUUCGUAGGUGGACACAUGCCACCACCCCCCGAAAAAUUGAACGAACUAAUGCAUUCGUAUGUUGAUUGGCUAAAUUCCGAGGAAGCGCACAAUAUGCAUCCUGUACGUUAUGCGGCGUUAGCUCAUUACAAAUUAGUUGAUAUUCAUCCGUUUACGGACGGUAACGGACGCACAAGUCGAUUAAUUAUGAAUUUAAUAUUAUUGAGGUCGGGAUAUCCGCCUGUUAUAGUUAGCAAAAAAGAUCGAAAAAAGUAUUACGAUUAUUUAAAAAUAGCUAAUCGAGGUGAUUUAAGACCGUUUGUGAGAUUUAUCGCUUACUGUACGGACGAAACCUUAAAUACUUAUCUUGGUAGGAAUAAAUUGAUCACCCAUGAAAUUUACAGUAGUCCCGUUAUUGAAGUAGAAGAUUGAUAAAAAUGUGAUUAACUAAUUAAUUAUCAAAGAUCUGUGUUAAAACCAAUGUGUUUCUAUUAUUUAUUUAUAAAAAAAUAAAUCAAUUAAAUUAUUUAAUUUAAUACAGUCA